AUGCAUCUCCCCUCUCUGUCCCUCACAUCCUUCCUCCUUCUCAUCGUCCCCUUCUUCUCAUCCGUCAAUGCCAAAGCCGGCGAUACCCUCUAUACCAACUCUGUGACGUACUGCGCCGAAGCCAAAGCAGUCUUAGUGGAUCAAUUCGAUAUUGCUUACCACAAGUCCAACGGAUCAAUCACAUUUUCUUUUUCGCUCGCUUCGGUCGAAUCUAAUCUGAACGUCUCGGCAAACCUGUACGUUAACGUAUAUGGGAUCGAACCUGUCAACCAGACUUUGGACUUGUGUAGUUAUUUCCAAGGAGUGGUGUGUCCUUUACCGCAGGUUAAUUUUACCGGCUACGGAACAUAUCCGAUCCCAACGAAAUACUCUUCCCAGAUACCUAGCAUAGCAUGGUCGAUACCUAAUCUCGAAGCCUACGCUCGUAUCCAGCUACUUCGAGAGGAGACUGGAGAAGUCGCAGCAUGUCUUCAAGCGACAUUGUCCAACGGUUGGUCAGUCCGACAAUCCGCCAUAUCAUGGGCAACAGGAAUGUUCACCUUGGUCGCACUGCUCGUCGGUCUCUUCCAUACCGGCGCCGUCAAUUCACCUUCACCAGCUCAGUAUAGAUGGUUUGACAUCUUAUACCUGUUCCAAUCGGCAGCCGCAUCCGGUCUGAUGCACCUGAAUUAUCCAUUGGCUUAUUCAGCUUUCACUCAGAAUUUUCAUUGGGCCAUUGGGUUAUUCAAAUCGAGUCAUAUUCAAAAUUCCAUCAAUACUAUGAGAUCUAAGACUGGUGGUCAUCUAGAUUCCAAUGCCUAUUCGGACGUACAAUAUAUCAAUCGAAAAUUCUCACCUUAUAACGUCUACGCAUCAAUGAACGAAGUCAUGUCUUCCAAAUCGACAUUCCAAACUUUCUUGGCAGACAACGCUAUCAUUCCUCAAGAUUCCAAUGUGAACAAUCUAGAAUUGCACAAAAGAGCUAGGAUCGCUUCUGCCCUAGCUCAAAAUGCCACUUCAGAAUUGUCUAGUGGAUUACCAGUCUACACCAACACUCUCAGCAUACCGACUGCCAACGCUUUCACAACUGUCUUCUUCUUGUUCCUAGCUUUCAUUGCUAUCGCUAUUGUGUUCCAUGUCCUGCUAUUUGGUGUGCUGUUCCUAGUGGAGAGGUCGAGUAGAGGUAAGAGGGAGAUUGGUUGGGCAGGUAGAUUGAGGAGGAUGUGGUGGGGUUUCUGUGCUGGUAAUGCAUUGAGAUUGUGCUUGAUAUGGUUCUUCCCCAUAUUCAUCUUUGGAUUCUGGCAAUUCCACGUUGGAGAUUCUGGUCUAUCCAUCUUCUUUGCCGUCCUAUCCAUCCUUCUCGUUCUGGUCCCUCUCGCGACCGUAUUCGUCUUAUCGAUCUUGAGAAAUCGAAGAUUGUCAUCCACCGCCCCUGGGAUCUCACCCUUGUACACCUCAUACAGAUGGUUCCAUUCGGUCGGCGUACUAUAUCGAGCCUACAGACAGAAAUUCCAUUUCUUCUGGUUCGCUCCGCUGAUCUUGGGAAUGAUAGCCAAAUCGGCUUUCAUCUCUUUCGGUCCUACUUCGGCUUGGGCUCAAGUCAUCGGUAACGUCGCGGUGGAAUUCAUUGUCUUUAUUUCGCUCUUAGCUUGUCGACCGCACAAGGAUCGAAAGGGAGAUUGGAUCACAUCCACCCUUGCGUUGUUUAGACUUAUCGCAUUUGGACUAUUGAUCGCUUUCAUACCCAGCAUAGGAGUCAAACCUAUCCCAAGAGCUGUGAUCGGUUUCGUCAUUAUUGUUGCUUUCGGUUUGCCUACCAUCUUGCUCCUCCUCGGCUUGAUAUGGAAUCUCGGAUAUGGCUACUUCUGGCGAAGACAUACACACCGAAUUGAAGACGGUCUAGAAGUCGAGCGAUUCGUAGCUUCCGACGAUGAUUCCACCGAGAAUCAACCUGCCAUGACUCAAGUUGAGCCUACCUUACCGAACGUCACGUCAAGGGACAUGAACACCGACAACAGUCGAUCCCCUCCUGAAAGCAUGUUGAACAGACGAACAUCCAUAAUGGAACCUGUCGGUGACAACUACUACGAGCCUACUUUCGGAUCUAAACACUUACCUUCGUUCUCUGGCACUUCCGAUCUAUCGAAUUCACCGCCUGCUAGGAUUAGUCCAGAUUUCAAUAAUAACAACAAUUAUAUAGCAGAAACUCAUGGUGAAGAAGAACAGAUAGGAUUUGGAGAUAGGAUAUCUGCUGCUCAGGCAUACGAACAAGCUGCUAAAGGUGGAUAUACAGAGUAUAACGAAAAGCAAUCUUACGAGCACCAGCAGCCAAUGAUGACUAGACAAUCUACUGCUUCAAGUCGACCAUUAAGUGGACAUUCGAAUUAUUAUACUCCCUCGACGGGAUUACAUGACUCGACUAAUGACCAGUAUUUCAAUUACAACAAACAAGGAUAA